AAACCGGCUUUCUUUGGAAAUAUGAGGGCAAACAUCCGCGGAUCAAUUGGCGGCCCUGUGAGCGGCAUGAUCUCGAGGCCUUCAUUGACAGACGAUGUGAGAGCUGCUUCAGACGCUACAGCUCGAGCACAACACAUGAAUAGCAUAAUGCCCGGCACAGAUCCUAAUGACAAGCCGCUCGUGUCUGGUAGCGGUGUGAACGUUUCGAUCAACUUGGCCGAGCCAGCACUAUUCUUGCAGGGCUUCGAACAGAACGACAUGGCCAGCGGCAACACGGCUAUGUUGAGAGGAACACUCCACCUGCGCGUGACAAAGGCUGCCAAAAUCAAGGCAGUGACUCUCAAGUUCAAAGGCAGGGCAACCACGAAAUGGCCUGAAGGUGAUUCUCUACUCUCCAUUUGGGUCCAAAAUGUCGAUUUCGAAGAGGUUGACAAUAUCAUGAGCCAUACCUGGCCAUUUNUUAAUGCCCAAUUCCCAACAGCCGAGGCAGGACCUUGCGCAGAUCACGUAGAACUCUUCAAGUCCGGCGCUUCUUCGACCACCUCAUCUUUUGGAAUGGGAAAAUCGCCAAACAUCUCGACAACCAAUCUCACCACAAAAGACCAACGAAGGCUGUCGUUACAAGUCAACCAGUCGCGCAGUUUUGGCAAGGGUGAAUCUUCAACCGGCGGUCCGUCAGUAGCACAAAAAGGCUACCGCACCUUUAAUCCUGGAGACUACGUAUACAACUUUGAGCUCCCUCUCGACAGCAGACUGCCCGAGACAAUCGAUGUGGAUCUAGGUUCGGUCAAGUACGAGCUUGAGGCUGUCAUCGAACGCGCCGGGGCUUUCAGAGCCAACCUCGUUGGAGUCCGAGAAGUGCAGUUGAUCAGAGCCCCAGCAGAGGGAUCUCUUGAACAGGUCGAACCCAUUGCUAUCAGUAGAAACUGGGAAGACCAGCUCCACUACGACAUUGUCAUUUCAGGAAAAUCGUUCNCCCUGGGAUCACAGGUCCCUAUCGCGUUCAAGCUAACUCCGCUGGCAAAGGUGCAAUGUCACCGAAUCAAAGUACUUGUAACUGAGAACAUCGAGUAUUUCUGCAGUAACAAGCGCGUCCACCGCAUGGAGCCUACAAGGAAGGUUCAGCUGUUCGAAAAGCGAGCAGACACACCACCCACCAGCACCUUCCCCGGAAGUUCGAUGCGUGUAACCUCAGGAGGUGGUGUACCGUAUGACCAACGCGCGCGUGCCGCAGCUGGUGAGACUGUGCAGACCUCGGACCCAACGAAUCUUCUCGGCAAUCUAGAGGGUGAAAAUAUUGGACCUACUGAGAUGGAAUUCAAUGUGCAGCUGCCAAGCUGUUCUUCGAAUCGCGAAAGGGAAAGAGCGACCAGGUUACACUUCGAUACGACCUACCAAAACAUCCAGGUGCAUCAUUGGAUCAAGAACCCAGGCAAGCGUAGACACUUCGAAAUCUCCAUCGACUCGCCUUUCCACAUCCUCUCGUGCCGCGCGACACAAGCAAACACAUCGCUGCCCGCCUACACCAGCCCCGAGUCUGCAUCUAACGGAAGCGCACUGUACGAAUGCGGCUGCCCCAAUGCACUUCGCCGUCGCAACUCUCCCACUUCAUACGUUCCUACACUCAAUGCGUUAAACGGCAUGAGAGAAACAACCAUACCACCCACAAUCACCGCUCCCAGUCUGGCUCGUCCACAAGCCGCACAUCUAACUGGCGCAGCCNCCCACAACCAACUCGAUCGCCCCAUCCACUUGUUGCGUGCUCCUUCAUUCAACCCGCCAGCCUUCGAAGACGAAGAGCCUCCACCACCGCUCAUCACUCCUCCCCCACAAUACGACAGUAUCGCGAGUCCGACUUCAGGAUUGGCCGACUACUUUACACGCUUGUCAGAUGCGUAUGAUGACGAUGAAGACAGCGAUGAUGCCAGCAGCCGUGGCCGUGUCGAUGUUCCAUUGACACCAGGCGCAAGAGUCAACAGAAGUAUGGAUGUUUCCAGGAGUUGGAUACCCNUCGGUGCCCAAUUACAUGGUUAG